UUGUUUUGUGUUUAAAAGAUGAAAGAAACUCAUACAAGUUUGGAUCAACCUUAGGAUGGCAGUGAUGACGAGUAAGCAGAUUUACCAGCCGUCCUGAUUUGAUGUCUGAAGCGAGCCUGCUGAGGACACAUCAGAAAACUCUCGUACUUCCUGUAGCAGCUUCAGAACCGAACCACAACUCUCACAACCAGACGCAUCUGCAUCGCCCGCGUCUGGACGCCCGAGGUUUAUAGAAACUUGGUCGAAAUGUAGUGCAUUUGAAACUCUAUACGAUAAAGUGUAUGUGGAGAGCUCAUGUGAACAAUGACUGUGUGAUGAUCUGGAUGAUUUAGGAGACGUUUGGAGAUGCAGAUUGUAACUUUACCUGAUCUGACGUGGCUUCAGUCCCGCUUUUAACAAUGCCUCGAUCGUUUCUGGUGAAAAGUAAGAGGGCGGGGCAUCACUCCACACGCUCCGCCCACUCUAAGCAUCAGCAUCAUGACGGAUGGACAUCCAGCAGGUGCUCUGCAGCUCUGGAGCUGCUGCCGUGCACAUCCACCGACGGCAGCCGAACCCAUAACAGCACCGAAGCAGCUGGAGAUGAACCCCAACCCUGGCCUUCAUCCACUGCAGUGAAGCAGUCUGGAGUUUGUCCGUUGUCUAAGCUGUCGUGCUCUGUUGCGAUGGAGAGACAGAGCGAGCUGGAGUGUCUGAUUCAGGCUUUACUCAGUCACCAUCAGCCGAGCAAUGUCCAGACGCCGCUAUGUGAAUGUCCGCUCUGUGAGAAGCUCCUGUCUUCUGCUGUGAGUUUGGCAUCGCACUUGUGCAAGUCACAUGUCAACAGAGCUGCUCUCCCAUUGGCCGACUCCCCAGACCACACCCAACAGCCUUAUGGUUACAGACCAACAGGAAUACUGAGGGAGCGCAGUUUUGGUUGUAAGGUUUGUGGGAAGGUGUUUAAGAGGUCGUCGACUCUCUCCACACACCUGCUCAUUCACUCGGACACGCGGCCGUUCCCGUGUCCCUACUGUGGAAAGAGAUUCCACCAGAAAUCUGAUAUGAAGAAACAUACCUUUAUACACACAGGUGAGAAGCCUCAUGUGUGCGUGGUGUGCGGUAAAGCAUUCAGUCAGAGCUCCAAUCUGAUCACCCACAGCAGGAAACACAGCAGCUACCAGCCCUUCAGCUGCUCACACUGCCCACUCAGCUUCCAGAGGAGACUGGACCUACAGCGCCACCUACAGACACACAUGCAGGACGACAGCGCACUGUAUCAUGGGACCUGAGAGAGACCAGCUGCACCUCAAACACCUUGGGUGGCUUAAUGUACUGGGGUCGUGUUAUGUUUUACCCAAAAGUCCACUAUAUAAUGUUUAUGAAAGAUGUUUGCACCAAAACAAAUGUUUGCUUAUGUAUGUCUGCAAUCUUGAUUGCACACAAUGCAUUGUGAGAUCUGUCAACAGGCUACACAUUACUGUAGAUUUAUAGCUUCAAGUCUUAUGAUUGGCUGCUCAUGGUUGUGAUGUCAUAAUCAUGGAACGUUUGUGUCAGAAGAUUUAUAAAGGAACAAUAAUCCCUCUAUGUACAUGAUAGGGCAUUUAAUAACAAAUGCAGUAAUGCAACAUAUUUUUAAGAACAUUAAUCUCUUUUUGAAAGUACAAGUAUCUCUGUAUUCUCAAGCUCUUAGCAGAAGUUUUUAUCUUGUUUUAAAGUAGGGUGAAUUCUGCAAAAGUGGGACACUUUUUUGGUAUACUGAUUUAAAUACAAAUAAAUAA